AAAAAAAAAAAAAAAGGCAAAGACUUAACAAAAAGGGUCGCGAUUAGGGCUUGACAACAAAGCUUCUUCAACUUAAACAAAACAACAGAGCUUCUUUGACGUUCUGAACUCGCGAUUAGGGUUCUGCCAUCAUCUUCUUCUUUCAGAAGCUUGAGGUUCCUGCCAUUGAAAAACCAAGUAUGCUUCUUCUUCUUUCUUCUUUCUUCUUUCUUCUUUCUCCUUUCUCCUUCUUCUUCUCUUCUUCUUUCUAUUUUUUUUCCUCUGUUUUUUGUCGAAAAGAACAGAAACAGAGGUCUGUUUUGUGCUCUAUUUUUCGAGCAAAAACAGAGGUCUUUCUUCUUCUCUUAACAGAAACAGAGGUCUGUUUUUGUGCUCUAUUUUUUUUGGUUCUGUUUUGGCAAAAUAACAGAGGCUGCUUCUUCUCUUAACAAACGCUCUGUUUUUUUCAGGCCCUGUUUUGUUUGCCUUUUUUUCAAUUAUUGACUUAUAGUCUUAUAGAGUAGAAUUAAUUGCAUAUUGACUUGAUAAUUUUUUUUCUAUAAAACAGCGUUGAAAUGGCGUCAUCCGAUAGUAAUAAACGAAAUGAUAUAGCUUGGAAUUAUGCUAUACAAGGCUCAUCAAGAUCCGCAAUUAAAUGUGUGUUUUGUGAAAAAACAUAUCAUGGUGGGAUAACUCGUCACAAGCAACAUUUGAUAGGUGGAUUUAAAAAUAUAGUACAAUGUCCCCUUUGUCCGCCCGAGGUUAGGGAGGAAGUAAAAGCGUUUGUUGAUAAGAAAAAUGUGACAAGAACUCAAAUGAAUUUUGAAGCAUCGGUGAAUCCAAUUGAUGAAGAUGAUAAAAUGGAUGAAGAUGGUGAAAUGAGACCUCCCCCCCCCAAAAAGAAAACUCAUAAGAUAUCUUCAAAUAGUUCUAGUGGGUCGUCCACGACGGCACGUACGACAAAAGGUCCUCUCAAUCUUUAUUUCUCGGCAAAACAACAAGAAAACGGAAAAGGUGAAGAAGGUCUAGGUAUAGAAGCCAAGAAGAUUUUGAGGGACCGCGCCGUAAGUGCCUUUGCAGCAUGGAUAUAUGAUGCAGGGCUUCCUUUCAACUGUGUUAACUACAAAACUUUUGAUAAAUUCAUUGAGACCGUAGGACAAUAUGGCCCAGGAAUGAAGCCUCCUAACUAUCAUGAAGUUAGAGUAACUCAUCUUAAAAAAGAGGUGAAGAAGAUAGACCAAAUUAUUAAGGAGCAUAAAGUGCAAUGGAACAAGUUUGGAUGUUCCAUUAUGAUGGAUAAAUGGACAGUACGGAAUGGAAAAAUAAUCAUAAAUGUGUUGGUGAACUCUCCAAGAGUAAGUAUUUUUCUUGAAUCUCACGAUGCUAGCAACUCUUCUACGGAUGGAAGCAAAAUGUACAGCUUGUUUAGAAAAACUAUUGAUAAAAUCUGAAAGGAAAAUGCUGUACAAAUUGUUACAGAUAAUGCUAGUGAGAAUGUUAGUGCGGAUAGGAUGAUGGAAGCAAUGUAUCCACACAUUUAUUGGACUCCAUGUGCUGCCGAUUGUAUCAACUUGAUGUUUGGUGACAUAUUCAAGGAAAACCCAUAUGCUUCAGGUAACUUUAAUAUAGUUAUCUUUAAAGCCUUUAACUUUAUUUAUACUUAUGUCCUAUCCUAUUAAGUAUUAACUAUAAAAUUGUUAUUGUUACUUUUACAGUUUUCACUAAGGCCGUCAGGGUAUAUUCUUACAUCAGUCAGAGGCCGCCGAUGUUGAAUUUGAUGAGGAAAUUCACAAAUGAAAGAAAUUUGGUGAGACCGGUCAAGACUAGAUUUGCAACGGCUUUCUUAACUUUGCAUAGUUUUUACUUGCAAAAGAAAAACUUGAGAAAGCUAGUUCUUUCAAAUGAAUGGAAAGAUAAUAGAUAUGCAAAGGAAGCUGUGGGGAAAGAAACUGCCAAAGUUCUUAUUUCUCCAUCAUUCUGGAAUGACGUCGUUCGAGCUCUUAAAGUUGGUGGUCCUUUGAUUAGGGUGCUUCGUAUGGUGGAUGGGGAGAAAAAAUCACCAAUGGGCUAUCUUUAUGAAGCUAUGGAUAGAGCCAAAGAGACUAUUGCAGCGUCAUUUGAGGGAGAUGUUAGGAAAUAUGAGAAAGUUUUUGAGAUAAUUGAUACCAGGUGGGAGAAUCAACUCCAUCGACCUUUGCAUGCAGCAGGCCAUCUUGUGAACCCGGGAUUAUUUUACAAGAACACUAGAGAUGAAACUUUGACUUCAGAGGUGUGGAUUGGAUACCAUGCAUGUCUUGAGAAGUUGGUCCCUAAUUCAGCGACGAUAGAUCAAAUAGGGGAGGAGUUUGGUAGGUACUCACAAGCAGAGGGCCUAUUUGUUUACAAGCGGCCAUUAGAGUCAGAGACAUAAGGUCGUCAGGUAACUAACUUUAAUAUAGAUAUCCUUAUAACUUUAAAUUAAUUUAUUUGAUUUAUACUUAUUAACUUUUAAAAUAUUUUUCUAUAGUUGAAUGGUGGAAGCAGUUUGGACAUCAAACUCUAAACUUGCAAAAGUUUGCCAUCAAAGUACUAAGCCUAACUUGUAGUGCAUCUGGAUGCGAGAGAAAUUGGAGCGUAUUUGAGCAUAUUCACUCCAAGAAAAGGAAUAGGCUUGAGCUAUCGCGUCUCAAUGAUCUAGUGUAUAUUAAAUACAAUAGAACAUUGAGGCGACGUUAUGAAGCUCGCGAUACCAUUGAUCCAAUUUUGUUGGACAACAUUGACGAGGCAAAUGAAUGGUUAACUGGAGCCCCCCAAAAUCAUGAAGAUGAACAAGUGUAUGAAGGAGAUGAUCUUGAUUGGGGUACUGUUUCUAUGGCGGUUGGAGUUGAGGAGAAUAUCUAUGGUCUUAGAGGGAGUUCUUCAAGUUACAAGGGAAAGGGAGUAGCAAGUUCAAGCCGGUCCCUAAUUGAUGAAGACUCCGAGGAUGAAGAAGAUGAUAGCCAAUAUAAUGCUAACAUUCAUGAAGUUGUAGAAUUUGAAAAUCUUGAAGAAGAAUAGAUGUUGCUUGUUUUAGAUUAUUAGACUUUAGUUUAUGAAUCUACUAUGAGUCUAUGACUAUCUAUUGAGUCUUUAAUUUUUGAAUGAUAUAUUUAUUAAUAUAUUAUUGUUAUUGAGUUUUUA